AUGCAUUACACGUCGAGUCUAGCUUUACUAACAGUGUCACAGGCAUUCCUCGCCGCGGCGUUACCUGUCCCUUUGGUUUCCGGUCCGUCAAGACAUCGAGACCCCGACUGCGACCCUGAAGUCCCAGGACCAUACCAAAAUGCCCUACUAACAUCUUCUUCGCUCAUAUUAGGCGCUGCAGCAGCUUCACCCGUUGACAGCUCGGUCGACUCGUCCUCGUAUUCCAAUGACGGUCCUCGCGCACCCACUCCAUCGAGUUCGUUCGAUCCAGAUGCAACGGAGGUACAAGCAGACUGGAGUGACGGGGCUUCACCGAGCUACACGUCUGCCGUCACCUUUACCGAUCCUCAUCUGAAUAUCCAAACCGUCAAUAUCACCGAGCUACCUUCUUCACAAGUGCCUACAGUGACCUCGGCAAAUCAAAAUUUCCCGGACACAACAGGGUCGCUUAUCACCACCCUCGAAACAGAGGGCAACCCGCCUGUGCAGCCUUUCCCCACAAGCGUGCCGAGCGUCACCUCAGCCACCUUGCAACCUCUGGAUAGCAGCGUCCUUUUCGGCAAUGCAACGGCCGCGAGUACGCUGAAUCCAGUGACAGGGACCAUUACUCUCCCGGUAUCGACUUUCGAGAAUGUCGUCACCACGCAGACCGUCACCAGCGUGCCGGUUCAAACAACAGCCGUGAUCACUGCAGUCACAGUCCUGCCCACAACGAUUACUGCCGACGGCUCUGUUGUAGCCACUUCUAUCGCAGGCACAACCGUUGUGAACACGACUGGGACAGUCCUUGUCGAGACUACAUUGGUGGCAUCCUCAACUGUCAUUGGAACGGUGGCAACCACUCUUACCACGGAACUUGGCUCAAUCUCCAGUCUCCCCACGGCUACCUCAACCUGCCUAUUGAGCAUGGGCUGCUACGGGCAGGACAUUUUCCAACCUGUCGCGCUGGGGCCACCUCCGAACAGCAUCGGAAUCCGUGACGGCCAUCCGGUUCCACGGCUGGGCAUCUCGGACCCGGGCGGGCCACUGGAGACCAACAAAUUCUACCAAAACUUCGUUUUGGGGUCCCAGGGUUCUCCCAGCUUUGUGAUGCCGUAUUCAUUGACGUGGGCUAAGGGUAGCGGCAAUGCGCUGAGCUGGGGAAUUGCUAUUGCUCAUCUAGAUCAAUCGCAGAAAGUCUUUGGGCCCAUCAACGCCGCCAUACCCAAUACACCUGCAGGGUACUAUAUCAACGCCAUCGGCAUCCAGUCACUUAUCUUGUCAGCAGCAGAGUUUGGCCCAAAUACCGCUCUGACCACCGACUCCUUAUUGCCGUUCUCCGUCAAUGUGCGCCUUCAGCCGUCACCUGGGUCCGCUUCGGUACUCACUAUGCCCGUUGUGCAAGGAAUGCCCUUUGUGACUGGGCAAUACACCAAUCUUCAGCCGGCCAUACAAAGUAGCGUCUUCUUCAGAAACAUCGCCGCCGCUGGACAGCCGGCCCCGGGCAUCUACAAGUACAGAGUGACUUUGGAAGACGGAAAGAUCUGGCUGAUUUAUGCCAUACCAGCCAAUGGACUGACGCCGAACUUCCAGCUUGUAUCCAGUACUCUGCUCCGGGGACUGCCGAAUUGGUAUGGUGAUAUCCAGAUUGCGAAACUUCCGGAUGACGCCUCGGAGUCCAUAUAUGACAACGCUGCCGGCGCUUAUCCAACUGCUGGCCACAUCGCCGGUUCUGCUCACAACACGACCGCUCAGUACAGCUUAUCUUGGUCCAAAGGAGGAGCGUAUUCGGCCAACACCACACUUCUCAUGUUUGCUUUACCCCACCAUUGUGAAUCCUUUGACGCCAAUACACGAGGUAACAUGACCAACCUGACACUGGCUACGACGACGAAAGGCAAGGCCACGGCAGUUGUCGGCGAUUACUGGGUGUUGGAGGAGACCAGUCUCCCCGUAUCACUUGGUUUUGCACCAUGGCGGCCAGAGGAUGUGGGUUCUCAAGAGUCAUUAGCCCUUUCUCCGGAUGCACUCUCCAUCAUGCAAAACAUCUCUGCAAUCGAGGCCUCUCAGAACAUGUCAGCUCAGACGAAUCUCAACAGCAUGUAUUACAGUGGGAAGGCUCUCAGCAAGUUCGCACAGCUCGUUUACACGAUGCAUGAUCUUCUCGGUCAGCAAGACUUGGCCAAAGCCGCCUUACUAGAGCUUGAAAGCUGCUUCGAAGUCUUCUCGACCAAUCGUCAGCAAUUCCCACUGCUCUACGACACAGACUGGAAAGGGCUGGUGUCUUCUGCCAGCUAUGUGACGGGAGACCCUGGAGUCGACUUUGGCAACUCGUAUUAUAACGAUCACCACUUCCACUAUGGGUAUUUCCUCCAUGCUGCUGCCGUGAUUGGAUAUCUCGAUCCAACCUGGCUUGUCGCCAAUAAAGACUAUGUAAAUGCGCUGGUCCGGGACGUGUCGAACCCCAGCUCCCUGGACCAGUGGUUCCCGGUCUUCAGAUCCUUUGACUGGUAUCAUGGACAUUCCUGGGCCAAAGGAUUGUUCGAGUCUGGCGAUGGAAAAGAUGAGGAAUCGUCUUCUGAGGACGCCAUGUUUGCAUACGGACUGAAGAUGUGGGGCAAGACCAUUGGUGAUGCCUCCAUGGAAGCUCGAGGCAAUCUGAUGAUCUCGGUGCUUUCACGCAGCCUCCAGAACUACUUUCUGAUGACAUCGGACAACACCAACCAGCCUUCCGAUUUCAUCGGCAACAAGGUCACCGGGAUCCUGUUCGAAAACAAGGCUGACCACGUGACCUAUUUUGGCGCUGAUCUGAGCUAUGUUCAAGGAAUCCACAUGAUCCCAAUCAUGCCAUUCUCGACACUGACCCGGACGCAGCAAUUUGUGCACGAGGAAUGGAUGACAUAUUUCGCUGACGGAGCCGUCCGACAAGCCAUUGAUAUUGCCGGUGGCUGGAAAGGUAUUGUAUACGCGAAUCUUGCGACCAUUAACCCGACAGCAGCAUACAACUUCUUUACCCAGCCAAACUUUGACUGGGGCUGGAUUGACGGCGGAGCAUCUCUAACGUGGUACAUCGCGUACAGUGCUCUGCUUGGAGGAGCGACGACAUAA